AUGAAACCAUUCCUACUUGACUGUUCAUACUUUCUUUCUUUCUUUCUUUCUUUCGUCUUCUUUAAUUUCAUCAUCGUCUUUCCUUUACCUCCUUUUCCUUUUCUUUCUUUCUUUCUUUCUUUCGUCUUCUUUAAUUUCAUCAUCGUCUUUCCUUUACCUCCUUUUCCUUUUCUUUCUUUCUUUCCUUCUUUCUUUCUUUUUUUCUUUCUUUCGUCCUCUUUAAUUUCAUCAUCCUUUCCUUUACCUCCUUUUCCUUUUCUUUCUUUCUUUCUUUCUUUCUUUCUUUUUUUCUUUCUUUCGUCCUCUUUAAUUUCAUCAUCCUUUCCUUUACGUCCUUUUCCUUUUCUUUCUUUCUUUCUUUCUUUCGUCUUCUUUAAUUUCAUCAUCCUUUCCUUUACCUCCUUUUCCUUUUCUUUCUUUCUUUUCUUUCUUUCUUUCUUUCUUUCGUCUUCUUUAAUUUCAUCAUCGUCUUUCCUUUACCUCCUUUUCCUUUUCUUUCUUUCUUUCUUUCUUUCUUUCUUUCUUUCUUUCUUUCUUUCGUCUUCUUUAAUUUCAUCAUCGUUCCCUUUACCUCGUUUUCCCUUUUUUCUUUCUUUCUUUCCUUUUCUUUCUUUUCUUUCGUCUUUUUUAAUUUCAUCAUCGUGUACUAGGCUUUCUUUUUUUUACAGAAUCUUUCGAUUAAUUUAUUUCUUUACCUCCUUUUCCUUUUCUUUCUUUCUUUCUUUUCUUCUUUUCCUUUCCUUUACCUCCUUUUUCCUUUUCUUUUUUCUUUCUUUCUUUCUUUCUUUCUUUCUUUCGUCUUCUUUAAUUUCAUCAUCCUUUCCUUUUCCUCCUUUUCCUUUUUUCUUUCUUUCUUUUCUUUCGUCUUCUUUCAUCAUCGUCUUUCCUUUUACCUCCUUUUCCUUUUCUUUUCUUUCUUUCCUUCUUUCUUUCAUUCUUUCGUCCUCUUUAAUUUCAUCAUCGUGUAUUAGGCUUUCUUCAUUUUACAGAAUCUUUUCGAUUAAUUUAGCUUUCCUUUACCUCCUUUUCCUUUUCUUUUUCUUCUUUCUUUCUUUCUUUCUUUUCUUUCUUUCUUUCGUCCUCUUUAAUUUCAUCAUCGUCUUUCCUUUACCUCCUUUUCUUUUUCUUUCUUUUCUUUCUUUCUUUCUUUCUUUCUUUUUAAUUUCAUCAUCGUCUUUCCUUUACCUCCUUUUUUUCUUUCUUUCUUUCUUUCUUUCUUUCUUUCUUUCUUUCUUUAAUUUCAUCAUCCUUUCCUUUACCUCCUUUUCCUUUUCUUUCUUUCUUUUCUUUCUUUUCUUUCUUUCUUUUCUUUCUUUUCGUCUUCUUUUAAUUUCAUCAUCGUGUAUUAGGCUUUCUUCAUUUUUUCGUCUUCUUUCGAUUAAUUUAGCUUUCCUUUACCUCCUUUUCCUUUUCUUUCUUUUUUUUUCUUUUCUUUCUUUCUUUCUUUCUUUAAUUUCAUCAUCCUUUCCUUUACCUCCUUUUCCUUUUCUUUCUUUCUUUCUUUCUUUCUUUCUUUCGUCUUCUUUAAUUUCAUCAUCGUCUUUCCUUUACCUCCUUUUCCUUUUCUUCUUUCUUUCUUUCGUCUUCUUUAAUUUCAUCAUCCUUUCCUUUACCUCCUUUUCCUUUUCUUUUCUUUCUUUCUUUUCUUUCUUUCUUUCUUUCGUCUUCUUUAAUUUCAUCAUCCUUUCCUUUUUUUCCUUUUCCUUUUCUUUCUUUCUUUUCUUUUCGUCUUCUUUAUUUCAAUUUAUUAGGCUUUCCUUUUACCUCCUUUUCUUUCCUUUUCUUUUUCUUUUCUUUCUUUCUUUCUUUCUUUCUUUCUUUCUUUCGUCUUCUUUAAUUUCAUCAUCCUUUCCUUUUACCUCUUUUCCUUUUCCUUUUUUCUUUUCUUUUUCUUUCUUUUUCUUUCUUUCGUCUUCUUUAAUUUCAUCAUCCUUUCCUUUACCUCCUUUUCCUUUUCUUUCUUUCUUUCUUUCUUUCUUUCUUUCUUUCUUUUCGUCUUCUUUAAUUUCAUCAUCGUCUUUCCUUUACCUCCUUUUUUUCUUUUUCUUUCUUUCUUUCUUUCUUUUUUUUUUCUUUCUUCUUUUAAUUUCAUCAUCGUCUUUCCUUUACGUCCUUUUCCUUUUCUUUCUUUCUUUUUUUCUUUCGUUCUUCUUCUUUAAUUUCAUCAUCCUUUCUUUUUUACCUCCUUUUCCUUUUUUCUUUCUUUUUUUCUUUUCUUUCUUUCUUUCUUUUUUUUUCUUUCCUUUCCUUUACCUCCUUUUCCUUUUUUUUUUCUUUCUUUUUUCUUCUUUCUUUCUUUUCGUCUUCUUUAAUUUCAUCAUCCUUUCCCUUUACCUCCUUUUCCUUUCUUUCUUUCUUUCUUUCUUUCUUUUCUUUCUUUCUUUCUUUCUUUCGUCUUCUUUAAUUUCAUCAUCGUCUUUCCUUUUUCCUUUUCCUUUUUUUCUUUCCUUUUCUUUCUUUUCUUUUUUCUUUCUUUCGUCUUCUUUUAAUUUCAUCAUCGUCUUUCCUUUACCUCCUUUUCCUUUUCUUUCUUUCUUUCUUUCUUUCUUUCUUUCGUCUUCUUUAAUUUCAUCAUCGUCUUUCCUUUACCUCCUUUUCCUUUUUUUCUUUCUUUCUUUCUUUCUUUCUUUCUUUCUUUCUUUCUUUCUUUCGUCUUCUUUAAUUUCAUCAUCGUCUUUCCUUUACCUCCUUUUCCUUUUCUUUCUUUCUUUCUUUCUUUCUUUCUUUCUUUCUUUCGUCUUCUUUAAUUUCAUCAUCGUCUUUCCUUUCUUUUUCUUUUCUUUUUUCUUUCUUUCUUUCUUUCUUUCUUUCGUCUUCUUUAAUUUCAUCAUCGUCUUUCCUUUACCUUUUUUCCUUUUCUUUUUUCUUUCUUUCUUUCUUUCUUUCUUUCUUUCGUCUUCUUUAAUUUCAUCAUCCUUUCCUUUACCUCCUUUUUCUUUUUUUUUCUUUCUUUCUUUCUUUCUUUCGUCUUCUUUAAUUUCAUCAUCCUUUCCUUUUUUUUCCUUUUUCUUUCUUUCUUUUUUCUUUCUUUCUUUCUUUCUUUCUUCUUUUUUAAUUUCAUCAUCGUCUUUCCUUUACCUCCUUUUCCUUUUCUUUCUUUCUUUCUUUCUUUCUUUCGUCUUCUUUAAUUUCAUCAUCGUGCUUUCUUCAUUUUACAGAAUUUUUUUAGCUUUCCUUUUCUUUUUUAAUCAUCGUGUACUAGGCUUUCAUUUUACAGAAUUUCUUCCUUUCUUUCUUUCUUUCUUCUUUCUUUUUACUUCUUUAAUUUCAUCAUCGUCUUUCCUUUUCCUCCUUUUCCUUUUCUUUCUUUUUCUUUCUUUCUUUCUUUUUUUUUUUUUCUUUUCUCUCUUUAAUUUCAUCAUCGUCUUUCCUUUACCUCCUUUUCCUUUUCUUUCUUUCUUUCUUUCUUUUUCUUUCUUUUUUUUUCUUUUCGUCUUCUUUAAUUUCAUCAUCGUCUUUCCUUUACCUCCUUUUCCUUUUCUUUCUUUUUUCUUUCUUUCUUUCUUUCUUUCUUUCGUCUUCUUUAAUUUCAUCAUCGUCUUUCCUUUACCUCCUUUUCCUUUUUUUCUUUCUUUCCUUUCUUUCUUUUUUUUUCUUUCGUCCUCUUUAAUUUCAUCAUCGUGUAUUAGGCUUUCUUCAUUUUUACAGAAACUUUCGAUUAAUUUAGCUUUCCUUUACGUCCUUUUCCUUUUCUUUCUUUCUUUCUUUCUUUCUUUCUUUUUUUCUUUCUUUCCUUUCCUUUACCUCCUUUUCCUUUUCUUUCUUUCUUUCCUUCUUUCUUUUUUUUUUUUUCUUUCGUCCUCUUUAAUUUCAUCAUCCUUUCCUUUACCUCCUUUUCCUUUUCUUUUCUUUCUUUCUUUCUUUCUUUUUUUCUUUCUUUCGUCCUCUUUAAUUUCAUCAUCCUUUCCUUUACGUCCUUUUCCUUUUCUUUCUUUCUUUCUUUCUUUCUUUUUUCUUUCUUUAAUUUUAAUUUCAUCAUCCUUUCCUUUUCCCUUUUUUUUCCUUUUUUUCUUUCUUUUCUUUCUUUCUUUAAUUUCUUUCUUUUACCUUUUCCUUUUUUCUUUUCUUUCUUUCUUUCUUUCUUUCUUUCUUUCUUUCUUUCUUUCGUCUUCUUUAAUUUCCGUCCCUUUACCUCCUUUUCUUUUCUUUUUCUUUCUUUCUUUCUUUCUUUCUUUCUUUCGUCUUUCUUUAAUUUUUCAUCAUCCUUUCCUUUACCUCCUUUUCCUUUUCUUUCUUUCUUUCUUUCUUUCUUUCUUUCUUUCGUCUUCUUUAAUUUCAUCAUCCUUUCCUUUACCUCCUUUUCCUUUUCUUUUUCUUUCUUUUUUCUUUCUUUCUUUCUUCUUCUUUUUAAUUUCAUCAUCCUUUCCUUUUUUCUUUCCUCCUUUUCCUUUUCUUACUUUCUUUCUUUCUUUCUUUCUUUCUUUCUUUCUUUCUUUCUUUCUUUCGUCUUCUUUAAUUUCAUCAUCCUUUCCUUUACCUCCUUUUCCUUUUCUUUCUUUCUUUCUUUCUUUCUUUCUUUCGUCUUCUUUAAUUUCAUCAUCCUUUCCUUUUUACCUCCCUUUUCCUUUUCUUUUUUUUCUUUCUUUUUCUUUCUUUCUUUCGUCUUCUUUAAUUUCAUCAUCGUGUAUUAGGCUUUCUUCAUUUUACAGAAUCUUUCGAUUAAUUAAGCUUUCCUUUACCUCCUUUUCCUUUUCUUUUUUCUUUCUUUCUUUCUUUCUUUCUUUCUUUCCUUUCCCUUACCUCCUUUUCUUUCUUUCUUUCUUUCUUUCUUUCUUUCUUUUUCUCAUUUGUUCAUUUCUUUUCCGUCUUUCAUUUCAUCUUCAUGUUUUAGACUUUCCUCAUCUUACAGAAGUUUUCUAUUUCUUUUCCUUUUUUUUCAUUGCCUUUCUUUUUUCCUUUUUCUUUCUUUCUUUUUUCAUUUUCUCACUUGUCUCUUUCUUUUUCGUCUUCUUUCCUUUCAUAUUCAUGUUUCAAGCUUUCCAUAAUAUAAAGGGGUUUUUGUAUUUUUUUUUUCUUUUUAUUUCUUUCUUUUCUUUUUCUUUCUUUUCUCAAUUUUUUAUUUCCUUCUCUUCGGUUUUCAUUUAA